UUUCAACAUAUAAAAUGGAGGGUGGGGUGGGGACACACAGAAUUCAGACUGUAGCCUGGAUAAAAUUAGUAAGAAGUCUACCAUCUCUGGUCUCAACUGUAGAAGCGAGAUGACGAAGGGAACAUCAUCAUUUGGAAAGCGGGGCAAUAAGACGCACACAUUGUGCUGCCACUGUGCCUCGAAGUCCUGCCACCUUCAGAAGUCAACCUGUGGCAAAUGUGGCUACCCCGCCAAGCAUAAGAGAAAGUGUAACUGGAGUGCCAAGGCUAAAAGACGAAAUACCACUGGGACUGGUCCAGGGAGACACCUAAAAAUUGUAUACUGCAGAUUCAGGCGUGGAUUCCGUGAAGGAACAACACCUAAACCCAAGAGGGCAGCUGUUGCAGCACCCAGUGCAUCUUGGAAUUUCAAUGAUUUGUCAUGUAAUAAAUGUUCUGGUUUAAAAAAAAUUAUACAAAAAAAGUCUACCAAUGAUAAAUAA